UGAGAAUAGGAUACCUAAUAAUACACCAAAAGAGACAUUGCAGACAUCAGCAAUGCAAUUAAAGUAAAAGCUGCAGCCUCCAAAGAGGGAAAUCGGUUACCUAGCGAGACUAAGGAUGAGAGAAAAUGAAGAUCUCCUGCCGGGGCUACCCUGGCACUUGACCGUGCAGUGUCUUGCAAGGGUGCCCCUCACAUCACUGUGGGGGGUAUCUCCAGCCUGGCAGGACCUGCUCUACACCUCCCACUAUUUCCAGCGCCUUCGUUCAAGCCUAGGAAUGCCAACAUUCGAUUGGCUCUAUGCGUUCCUCCGCACAGACGACGGCACACUCUGCUGGUUCGCAUACGAUCCUCUCGCCCUUAAAUGGCACCAACUCCCGCCCAUGCAGAACGACAUAGCCUUUUAUCUCGGCAGCCCUGAGCACAUUGUAGGCCGUUUCCAUACAGUACAGUGCGUUAGCACGCCCGGUAGACUGAUACUACUGGCCGGCUCCAAAGCCGUCGGAGGGGCUCGCACGCACCCUGCUCUCGACCGCCCGCUUAUUUUCGAGGCCGAGGAGCGGCGGUGGAGGAGCGGGGCGCCGUUCCGCGUGCCGCGAAAGUGGUGCGUGUGCGGCACGGCGGAGGAUAACAAGGUCUAUGUGGCCAGCGGGUGUGGCCCGGAAUGGGACAUGGCGAUUUCCAAGUCGGCGGAGAUUUAUGACGUGGAGGCAGAUGCUUGGGGCACCGCAGAGGCGUUGGGGUCGUCUAAGUUUAGCGGUGAGGCAAUCAGCGCUGUGGGCGUUGGGGGCAGUCUUCAUAUGGUGAGUGGGAAGGGCGUGAUGAUCAAGGACGGGGCGGUUUAUGAUCCCUCUCGCCGAGUCUGGUCUAAGAUGAGCCCUGCUCUUCUGGGCGGCUGGGACGGACCCUGUGUGGGAAUGGAUGGGCGCUUCUAUUCUGUUAAUGAAUCGGGCGGAAGUGGAAGGCUGAAGGCCUACGAUGAGGAGGAGGAGUCGUGGGUGAGCGUUGUGGAGAGCGAGCGGUUGAUCGGUGUGUCACAGUUGGCGGGUUCGCGAGGGAAGAUAUGCGGGAUAGUUGGAGGCGAAGAGGGGGAGAGAAGGGUUAUGGUUGUGGAUGUUGCGUGUAAGCGGGUUAUGGAAGUGGAGACUCCCAUGGGCCGCCCUAUCGCAAUCCAGGUGCUUGCCAGAAUGGGUUAGGAUAUCCUAUUCUUCUCCUCACAUUGGCCUUUACAGCUGGUUCUUAGUAUACUAAAAGUUUAUUGAGAAAUUGGAACUACUCAUCAAUUACUUUGUAUUAAAAAGAUAGAAUUACAGAAUUCAGGAUGUGUGGAAGUUUUGCAU